GUCAAUUUCGUGAUACACCGGUUAGUUGUCACACAACCUGCAGACUCACGCUGUCAAAAUGUCGGAGGAAGAAGGGUACCCGGUUCAGUGUUAUGUCUACGAUAUAUCCAAGGGCAUGGCGCGGUCAUUAUCACAGGCGUUCAUAGGAAAACAAAUAGAUGGUGUAUGGCACACUGGGAUUGUUGUGUAUGGCCAAGAAUACUUCUUCGGUGGGACUGGUGGUAUAGAAUCGUGUCCCCCAGGAGGGACUGUACUUGGACGUCCAGAUUCCAUUGUUGACUUAGGAAUGACUCAGAUACCUCGAGAUAUGUUCAUGGACUAUCUCAGUGAACUAGCAGCAAGCUCAUUCAGUGCCAGCAAGUACCACCUGUUGGAACACAACUGCAACAACUUCAGUGCUGAGGUGGCCCAGUUCCUGACAGGGAGGAAUGUCCCCGCCUACAUCACCAACCUCCCCGCCGAGGUGCUCAGCACACCAUUUGGUGCUAUGAUCAAACCCCUGAUAGAUUCCAUGAGUGUUCAACCAGACGGAGGUCACCCCCUCUUCCCCACAGAGCCAUCGACCCAGAACGCUGCUGCCGGAGCCAUGAACACACUCAGCACAGGAACAGCCACCAGAACACGACAGAGAAGCGGCAACAAAGACUCUCCCUCUGCAUCCAAGUCCGACCAGCUGGAAAUGACAGAUCCUGUCAUGUACAAACCCACUAACGUGGUGGAGAGGUGUCGGGGGGAGGAGAUCCGGAGGCUGCUUCAGUCCCGGCUGUCGGAACAGGAGUUCCAGGUGUGGGAGGAGAUGCUGGAAUACCUGGCCGUCAAACAGAGUCAGUGCUCCUGGUCCCUCGGCAGGAACCACCUGCAGGUGCUUGCCAAAGUUUUAUGCAACAGAGAAGUAUCGGAGACGCUGCGAGUGAAGAUAUGUGAAAUGCUACAGUUACUGGUGGUCCAGCCUGACUUCCUGCAAGUGAUCAGCCAUGACUCUGCCCAUAUGAUGGGCUACAUCCUCAGUCAGUUCAGCGACCAGACCAGACAGGUGCAGACACACAUUGUACACAUGCUGGCCAACAUGCAGACGGUGGAGAAUGGUAUUGCGACGAUGGAGAAGGUGCGAGUCCCCAACACUGAUGGUGUUUGUGUACUCAAGAAGUCCCAGCACAUCUGCAUCACCUGCCUCACGGACCACCACGACAAGGACCUGCUGGAGGCUGCCUCCGCCCUGGCUCUCAACAUCAGUCUCAACGAGGUGGAGGAUGAUACAGAGGUUACAGUGGAAGUUGCCAGCGCUGUACUACAGUCUCUUAAUCAGGACAUGUCAGAGAAUGGAGCUCUCUAUGCCCUGUCAAGCCUUGUGAGAUUUAUGCAAAUUAAUCCAGAGGUAAAGGAUCUGGUGGUCGUGAUGAGUCCAGACUGGUCAGCCUUGUCCAAGCUCUCCGAAAGAGCCAAGCAGCUGUGUGACAAGAUCAAAAAGGCCAUCUCAUGAAACCAAUGGACAUUAGUCCCCACUGAAUAGACGAGGGCUGAAGAGUGGUCUCCCCUUGUACCAGCAUGAAGCACUUCACAGACUUAGCUCACUUGAAGACUGUUAUAUGACUCGUAGACUCCUCUUCAGCCUUCUCUGUAUAAUCUACAAACAUAUGUUUGCUUGUAUGACAAUGUGAGGUUUGAGUUUAGCAUUGAGUGACUAGUUGCCUCAGCUGCACAUUGUUCUGGUUGAAGAUAAAUGUUUGAUGUUAUAUGAUAAUUCUGUUCUGAAGUAGGGACUCUCUUGUACCAUGACUUCUCCCUCCAGUAAUACAGAACUAUUGUAAACCAGAACCUUCCCUCCAAUAUGUUGGAUUUAGCUAGCAUCCUAGUGAGCUGGUCACGAAAUCUUAUAGCUGGUCAUGGUUUCAAUCCCAGGCUUUUGGUCUGUCUACAUCACAACUGUGCGCAAAGGUUCUGCAACAGUCGAUGUCGAUGAACUGUGACACGUUCGGCUUAAAUACUAUUCAAGGCCGUGUUCAACUCACUCACUCACUCAAUCAAACAUUUUGUCAAAAGGAAUAUGUUUCUGAUAUACAUUCUAUAGUCAGUGUGAGCUGAACAUUUCAGGGGCAGUUGGGUAGCCUAGUGGUUAAACACUGAAAAUGUUGAGUCAAACAUGUAUGUCAAACAAUGGUGUUCAGUCAAUCAUGUUGGAUUAAUCACAAUGCCAAGUCAAACAUGUUUUACAAAUGACAACGUUGAGGAAAAUGUAUAGUAACAAAGAACUCUGUCGAGUCAAACAUGUUUGUCAAACAAUGUGUUCAGUCAAACAUGUUUGAUAAAUAACAAUACCACAUCAAACAUGUUUCACAAACAAAACCGUUGUGUAAAAUGUAUAACGAAGAACUCUGUCGAGUCAAACAUGUUUGUCAAACAAUAAUGUUCAGUCAAACAUUUUGCAAACAUCACUGGACAUUUUAGCUAUGUAGGACAUGGUGAUCAGUUCUCUUAAUAUGCAUGCAGGAUGAACAACACUUUCUGUUUGUGUUACGGACAACACUGAAGAAUGACAAAUGUUUGAAAAUAGUGUUCAUGGACACAUAAUUUAUGAUGAACAACGCAUGUAAAAACGUGUAUGCUGGACAAACAACAUUUUCAAUUCAAACAACGCUUUCUAUUUACAUAUUCAUAUUAUCUUCAUAUGCAUGGACGAACAACACUUUCUAUUCAAACAAAGUUGUCUAUUUGUGUCACAUACAACACUGAAGAAUGACAUCAUAGUAUGACAAAAGUGUGUGUUGACACAUAAUUUAUGCCGAACAACGCAUGUAAGAAUGUUCAUUUUCACUUUGAUGUUAUGCCCAAGCUGCAGUCGUUUAGCUAUUACCCUGUGUAGAUAUUGAUGAGAAUAUAGUCUCAUACAGUGUGUUGUUCUUGUUGAUGUUUUAACUGUUGAGACUUGAAGCCAAAAACCACAUGACAUUUGUAUCUGGCACUGUCACAAGUAUAUGUUUAUCAUUGCAAACAUGGUAUGAUACUACUCCAAACAAGAUCAAGAACACCCACAAUUGGAAGGGUGUGUUACGCAAUACCCACCAGCCAUGACAGAUUAACUAUAGUCAUGAAAAAAUCAGGUGUUCUUUAAUAUUUUUUGUGUGUGGUAUGAUUCACAGGUCUGUCAAGGGCAUGUUACCCAAGACACAAAUAUUUUCAGUUAUACCUAAACAAAUGGCUCCUUAUAUGCUACUAACAUAAUCAAAAUUGUCUAGGUGACAAAGAUCUUUAGAUGUAUGCUUCCAUUCUUAAACAUUGUCAAUUGUAAGAACUAAGCUACUCAACAUUUGCUAAGGACCGAAAUAGUCUUUAAGGUGUUGUCCUUAGCAAAUGUUCAGUUGUGUACUUCAAAUGAUGAGUGCAUAUUUCAGAGAUCGUAAUGGGAAUUUGUCCAUGGCAUAAACUAAAUACGUACCUAUUAUUACAAUUACCGUAAGUUAAUAUUUAGUUUUAUUUUCCCAUCUUUUGUUGACUUGAAAUAGAAUGUCUGUAUGUGUAUUUACACUGAAACUACCAUGACUCCAUUACACUACAAUUGUUCAAGUGAGUGCAUUUCAGUGUUGCAAUAAGCUCUCGCCUAGUGAAAAUAGUUCCAACUAUUAAUCAUCUAUUUACAUACACUUAUAUUUGCCAGCAUGGUGGAUUCAUGACAAAGAAAUUCUAGCUCAAAUGUGGGAAGCAUAAAGACAUCGAACAUGUUUUUAUUGCAAUAUAUAUAUAAAUAUAUAUGGCCUAUAUUUUAUGAGCAGUACUAUCUUAGAUGAGGUCUGUGAUAUGUCGGUAUGAUACCUGUUCUGUGUGCUCAUGUAGUUGCCUUCUACAUGUGUCGUCAAGGCAAAGAUGUAGGACGUUUCCUUGUUCAUGAUGUGUAGUAGUUGGCCUAAGUGAGUUUCCACAUCAGUCUGGUUGUGUUCAUGUUGACAAAUACAUUUCAUAUUCAACUACUUUUAUGUUUUGGAGACAUUAUUUUCGCAUGCCCCUAUCCUCUCGUAAUAAAAUAAAAAUUAAAAUCAAUGACAAAUUUAUUACUGCAAUGUCCCUAAUACCAUAUUCUCUUGUGUAUAACAUGCCGUAUUCGACGUAAUAAGCGCCCAGGGCUCUCUCAAAAUUAGAAAUAUGGGGCUCUUAUUCGAAAAUGAUUUUAGUGAGAAAAAUACAGAGUUGAAAGAUCGUAAAUUUCAUGGUUUAUGAGGACAGCCUGAAAUGAUACUAAAGAAAAGUCUGUGCGUAUUAUACAGGACAUAUAUAUUUUCCAGAAUUUAAUUGCCCAUAAUUAAGG